AUGAGAUCAAAAAGUCCAUUACUCUCACCUUAAAACUAAAAGCUAUAUACUAAUUUACUAACUCCAACCUAGAAAAGACAUGUGUCACAAUUAUCAACUGGAUAAUAUAAAUUUAAUACACCUUAAACUGAUUUUAUACUUAAAAAAAGAGAAUUCUAAUUUUCAAUUCCAUCAUAAGUUCCGGAUAAAUAAAGAUUAUUAUAAACUGCAAAUAAUUAUUAUCGCCCUAAUAGUAUAUAGAAAAUAAGACCUUCUGAAAGUCCUUCAAAAAUUUUAUUUAAAACAGGAUAUGAGCAACAACAAGAAAUAAAAAAGUUGAUUUAAGAAAAUCAAAGUUUAAAAGCGAUUAUAAAAAAACAAGAAGAUUAAUUAAAAUAGUUUUUUGAAUUAGGUAAUAUUUUAGAGUAAAACUAAUAACUACAAAAAAAAAUAGAAAAAUUAAAGUAAGAUAAUUCUUUACUUCGAUAAGAUGAAGAAUAAGUUAAAAAAAAUAUAGAUGAUUAAUGA